CGGCCCCGGGCGGGCGGCGCGUCCCCUCCAGGAUUGGCUGCCUCCCCGUGACAUCACGCGGCUCGGGGAAAAGUGCGAGCGUGAGCGCGAGUCGGAGCCACAGCGCAGGGAGCUGCGGGCGGAGCAGGGGCCGCCCCUCGGCACCCCGUCCCCGCCCCCGGCCCGCAACCCGCCGCCGCCCCGCCCGCCGGCCCGCCGGGCCCCGCCGUCUGUCCGGCGCGAGGGGAGCGGGGCGGAGGUGUCUGGCACCAGCCACCCACCUCCUUGCUCAGCAAGAUGGCAAACUUCACCCCAGACAACGGCAGCACAGGGAACCAGUCUGUGCGCCUGGUGACAGCCCAGAACCGCUACGAGACGGUGGAGAUGGUCUUCAUUGCCACGGUGACGGGCUCGCUGAGCCUGGUGACCGUGGUGGGCAACAUCCUGGUGAUGCUGUCCAUCAAGGUCAACAGGCAGCUGCAGACCGUCAACAACUACUUCCUGUUCAGCCUGGCCUGCGCCGACCUCAUCAUCGGCGCCUUCUCCAUGAACCUCUACACCGUGUACAUCAUCAAGGGCUACUGGCCCCUGGGUGCCGUGGUCUGUGACCUGUGGCUGGCCCUGGACUACGUGGUGAGCAACGCCUCGGUCAUGAACCUGCUCAUCAUCAGCUUCGACCGCUACUUCUGCGUCACCAAGCCCCUCACCUACCCGGCCCGGCGCACCACCAAGAUGGCUGGUCUUAUGAUCGCGGCCGCCUGGGUCCUGUCCUUCGUGCUCUGGGCACCCGCCAUCUUGUUCUGGCAGUUUGUGGUGGGUAAGCGGACCGUGCCCAACAACCAGUGCUUCAUCCAGUUCCUGUCCAACCCGGCGGUGACCUUCGGCACGGCCAUCGCCGCCUUCUACCUGCCUGUCAUCAUCAUGACGGUACUGUACAUCCACAUCUCGCUGGCCAGCCGCAGCCGGGUCCACAAGCACCGGCCCGAAGGCCCCAAGGAGAAGAAGGCCAAGACGCUGGCUUUCCUCAAGAGCCCCCUGAUGAAGCAGAGCAUCAAGAAACCCCCGCCCGGGGUCGCGGCCCGAGAGGAGAUGCGCAAUGGGAAGCUGGAAGAGGCCCCUCCGCCGGCGCUGCCACCCCCGCCGCGCCCCGUGGCGGACAAGGACACUUCCAAUGAGUCCAGCUCAGGCAGUGCCACCCAGAACACCAAGGAGCGACCCCUCACGGAGCUGUCCACCACAGAGGCCACCACGCCCGCCACACCCGCACCCCCACUCCAGCCCCGGGCCAUCCACCCCACCUCCAAAUGGUCCAAAAUCCAGAUCGUGACGAAGCAGACGGGCAACGAGUGCGUGACGGCCAUCGAGAUCGUGCCGGCCACGCCCGCCGGCAUGCGCCCGGCGGCCAACGUGGCCCGCAAGUUUGCCAGCAUCGCCCGCAACCAGGUACGCAAGAAGCGACAGAUGGCGGCCCGGGAGCGCAAGGUGACACGGACCAUCUUCGCCAUCCUGCUGGCCUUCAUUCUCACCUGGACGCCCUACAAUGUCAUGGUCCUGGUGAAUACCUUCUGCCGGAGCUGCAUCCCCGAAACAAUGUGGUCCAUCGGCUACUGGCUGUGCUACGUCAACAGCACCAUCAACCCCGCCUGCUACGCGCUCUGCAACGCCACCUUCAAAAAGACCUUCCGGCACCUGCUGCUGUGCCAGUACCGCAACAUCGGCACCGCCAGGUAGGCGCCAGGCUGCCCGAGGAGCGGCUGGCGGCCGAGCGCCGGGGACCACCAGGGAGAGACCCGUGGGGGGGGCAGCGCCCGAGCUCAUGGUCGCUGGAGAGAACUGAGGUCACCGGGAGCCCUUCUCUCAAGGCUCAGGCUUGGCGCGGGGGCCCGAGAAGGGUUGGGACACUGGGCCACCCCUGCCAGCCUGCCUUAGGGAGGAGGGCACUGGGGGGUGGGUCACAGGCCUGUGCGGUCACCUGCCCCACCAGCAUGACUGCAGAAAGGGAGGGCAUAGAUCUGUACCUGGAGGCGUCAGGGUUCCCCAUUCUGCUGUCACCGGUGCUUUCUGUCCCCCCCGCACCCCGCAUGUAGGCUAACCCUCGUCCCAAAUCCACCUCCAGGACAGACACCCCCUUCACUGCAGCUACUCAGGCUCUGAUUUGGGGGUGGGGGUGCAGGCCGCCAGCAGACUGGGUCCCAAGGCUACCCCCCCAAACCCAGCCCCGCUCAGGGAGUGGCCCGCGUGGGGCCCCUCCCCUCCCCCACCAGAGGGCCAGUCCCUAAAAUGGGUAUUUAUUGUUCCUGCGUGCGUGCUGGUCCUGAUCCCUGAGAUGGAUAUUCACUGUUCCUGUGUGCCCGAGUCUUGGCAGAACCGGCUGAGGCGGGGACACCCGGGAGAGAACGCGGCCUGACUCACGGGGGCUGAGGGUGGGGAGGCAAGCAAAGCCCUUGUCUCGCCAGCCAGUGGACAGAACCCGGGAUUGGAUUGGCAGUGGCCUGGAUUCAAGACCUUUGGCCAGGUGAGGCUCUGGCUCGGGGCGUCCACGCCCAAAUCUUCCGGGUUCUUUUCCGGUUCCUUCCCACUCCCGGCCCGUGGCCUCUGGAGAUGCAAGGGAAAGGCUUAGGAGAUUUGACUGGGGGUGAGCACUUUCAGAGGCCAGUCGAGGGGGGCAGGGGGGUGGACCCUGAAAGAAAUCUCCAUCAGAGAGCUCCGGGGAGCUCAGCGCUGAGGUCCCGGCCCUGAAAGUCCCGCCCCCACCCCCACAUCCUCCUGUCCCCAACAAACCACCAC